AUGGGUAACCCUGUCUCUGCCUCUCAGAUCAUCCUACUAUUACAGAAGUCUACAGAGUACGAGGCUCGCAAUGCUGCCAGUAGCUCAGAGGCACAGACACAAACCGCUCCUCAGAGCAGGCAGGUGGGUAAGGCCAAGCCUGGGAGCAAAAGUCAGCUCUCAAGAGCUCCGGCAACCAGCAACCAGCACUGUUUCUAUGUAAACAGGAAGAAGGCUGGUUUGGAUCAGCAAAGACCAGUUGGCAAGUGUUUCGAAUGCAGUGUCUCCAUCUUGACCAGGAAUGUUUCGGCCUGGACAAUUCGAGAGUGCGCAUCGCACAUCCUACACACGCCUCCUCCAGCUGGGCUCCCGCGACCUCAGCGGGGCGAGGGGGAGCGGGCCGGCCGGCCGGGGCGAGGGCACGGCCGCAGCCCGGGCGCCGCGGAGGGCCGCCGGCCUGGCCCCCGGGGUCCGCGUCCCGAGCGGCUGAGCACUCACCGAGCCGGGCGGCCAGGGCCCGAGGGGCGCCCGCGGCUAGCCGGAGCGCAGCGGCUCCUCCCUUCGCUCUUGGUAGCGUCGGUCCGUACUCCCGGUGACCCAGGACGUCAUGAUGUCUCGUCUGUUUUCUCAAUGAUAACUUGGCAGAAGAGGAGACAGGCUGCCAGGUUCUCCUCGGGUGGUUGCGUGGGUGACAUUCAAUGCCAACUGCUCCCUUUUGACCGGCGCCAACCCCCGCCUGGGCAAAAUAAAUUUGAGGGGGAAAAAAGAAGAAGAAGAAGAAGAAGAAAAGAAAAGGAAAGGAAAGGAAAAGGAGAAGAACCAGGGGAGGGGGAGGGGAAGGACGAGCCCCUCCAGGCCCAGUGCCGUGCGAGCAGAUCCCAAGCCUGCCCGACCCACCUUCCGGCCCUGCAGACCUAUCUUCCUUCUACCCACCGGGCCCAGGCGCCACCGGGACAGCGGGCGCGUCCACCCAGGGCCCCACGCGGGUUCGUGGCUCACACUUGCCGACUUGCACCCCUCCGAGGUUGCACAGUCAGUGUGUAGGCCUCGCACAACUGCAGCUAUUUUUGUCUCCCAGAGGUUUUUUUUUUUUCUUUAAAGCCUUUAAAAAAAAUUUGAGGAGGGGGAAGGGAAGAAGGCGACAGGAAUAGAAGUACAAGACUAUAUUUGAGGGGUUCUAAGGGCACAUCAGAAAUUUGGGGGGGGAGGGGAAAUCCUAGAAUCUGACUCACCACCAGGGGAGUUUGGAAGGGCAAAAAGGGUAACCAGCUUUGCUAGAGUUAUUCUACAAUAGCAGUAAAUAAAUAAAUAACUUUUAAAAAAUAAUA